GACGACCAUCAAGAGAGCCUUCAUCAUUCAACGCUGCCAUUCUCCCACAUUAUGGCGUCGCGUGAAGAGAGAUUACAGGCAAGGUUGCGCGGCGCACAGAGGCGUCAAGUUAAAGAUGUUGACUUCGGACUCGUAUUUCCUGCUGCUGCUGCUGCUGCUGCUACUGCUCCAUUGCAGCCAGUCCCUUCGAAUCGACGAACACCUCAGCCAGAUUUAUCCCCACCAUCCGAGUUGCCUGCCCAACGAUCCAGUCGACGAACACCCGCCAACCGCGAACAACCAGUAGAUUCCGGAGCUGUAGAAGCAAAUAAUCUACAAGUGAUCAUACAUAGCGCAAAUGACGCAAAUACAUCUGCGAAGAGGAGAAAGCUCGAUACCGAUGCACCGCCCUCAUCCUCCGCAAGAAGCACUCGAUCAUCUCAACCCAGACCAGACAUAUAUACAAUCCAUGAUGAUGUGCAGCAAGAGCCAUCAGCCCUGGAGGCGUCUAAUGCCUCAAUUGAGGAGUCUACGGUUAUUGAGACUAUACCCGAGACAAUAAUACCGCCCCCGCGAACCGCCAGAACACCCUCUCGAACGCAAGAAGAGAUUACGGAGAGUCCUAUAGACGCACCCGGAAGUGGCCAUAGGACACGCGUUUCUGUUUUGGAAGCAAGCAUUGCAAGUUCGGAUUUACAGGCGGAAUUGGAAGGUAGUUCGGCCAUUGAGACACCCAUUCCUCAAAAUCAAAGAAAGCGCAAAAGAGGAGACGAGGCGACGAAGCUAUCUACACAUCCAUCACGAUCACAGCCCGUUCAAGCUUCUUCUGCAGCAGAUGACGAACUGGACGAACUGUCUCCGGAGCAACCAGAGAGACGUGGUUGGAGGAAGGUGGUUGAGCAUUCCCCUGAGCUGGAAGAACCAGUCGAAGAGGAAGAGGCUGAGGCUAUCGACGACGAACAAGCUGCUGUUAUGCUCAAGAAGAAUCGUGGACGGCGAAUAUCGAGACAUGUACCCGAGGAGUCUCCCGAUCUGGAUAGCCCUGUAGCCCCAAGACAACCUGUCUUGAAGAAACUAAAGGGGAAGUCUCGUCCGGCUUCCAGCCCGGCCAAACAAAGCCAUCCCAAGCAGCCAUCGGUGAAGACGAAAUCAAAGAUGUCCAAGAAGCCGAAAGUCCGCAUUGGCAGUCCUAUUCCAGUUACUGUCCACCGAUUGAGCCGAGCACCAUUGUACGACGAAGAUGAACUUCAUGCAGAUAUUUUGAAUGCGGAAAUUCCUCGUACGAAGCGAGGUGGUGUGAACGCCAUCGACGUUCUCAGCCAAAUUUGCCAGGAAAUUAUAGGUGCUGGGUUGGACACCUUAGAAGAUGGAUGCAACAGAUGUGAAGAUCCAAUUUUGAGGCGUGAGUACAAAACGAAAUUACGAGCUGUCGAGGCUUUUGGGGAUGAGUUACAGACACGAUUACUGGACCAUACAAUAAAUUUGGACAAUUCGCAUUCUCUUGCGCAGCGACUUCGAGACGAACAGAAGAAGAAGCUGGGUCUGCGAGAGGAGAUUCUUCGAAUCCGAGCAGAACGGGAGCAAGUGGCCCUGAAGAUGGAUGAAAUUCGAAUCAGGCAUGGAAAUGAGACAAAGAAAGCUCAGGAGAGGGAUACACUCAAUACAACCGUACAUGAUAUCGAGUUAGCCAUCGACCUCGGAAAGUCUUCGCAUACCGAUUAUGACGGAGAAAUGAUCGGUACGGAGGUCCUUCUAAAGCGAGUUGCAGACGAAGUCAGCAACAACAGCGAUUCUGGAGGCAUCUUGAAGCAAAUUAAGGACUUUAAUGCUUUCCUCGAACGAGCAGCAUUGGCAUUGGAGUCUCGGAAGGGUUAAGCUAUAGGAGGGAAGGAUGAAGAAGAAGUAGAGAUACCCAUUUUGAACGACUUUAUGAAUGAACCGGAUAAAGGUAGAAUUCAAAAAUGAUUCCCUUUCUAUUUCACCUGUGUGCGCAUGUAU